AUGACGUCUCCUACCGUCCAAGAUUCUCCUGCAAACCUCGAUCCUCCCCAUGUUGUUAUACCUAGAAGAGGCGUUGACUACCGCGGCAAGGUGGUUCUUGCUCCUAUGGUACGGUCGGGGGAACUGCCUUCGCGCUUGCUGGCCUUGAAAUACGGUGCAGAUCUCGUAUGGGGACCAGAGACAGUUGAUAGAUCGAUGAUCGGGACAACUGAGCACACCAAUCCUCGGACUGGUUGUAUAGAAUGGACUCGUCGUUCGAACAACAACUCCGACCCUGAUAUACCAGCAAGGGAAUCAGUCAUAUACCGAAUCGAUCCUAACCGAGAGUCGACAAAGUUGAUCUAUCAGAUCGGGACUUCUUCGCCUGAUUUGGCCGUGCAAGCUGCGAGUCUUGUGGCGCCUUAUGUGAGUGGGAUUGAUGUCAAUGCCGGCUGUCCUAAACCCUUCUCUACCGUAGGAGGUAUGGGUGCAGCCUUACUGCGGAAUCCAGACCAUCUUUGCAACAUUUUGAUGGCCCUUGUCACUCGUGUUGGAACGCCUCACGAAAUUGGUAUCAGCGUUAAGAUUAGACUGCUCGAAACGCCCGAGCUGACCUCUUCGCUUGUAAAUAAGCUUUGCAAGACUGGAAUCACUGGCUUGACCAUUCAUUGCAGGACAGCCCCCAUGAGACCACGCGAGCGUGCUAUCCGAGAUCAGCUGCGCAUGAUCGGUGACAUAUGCAGAAGCCGUGGCGUCGCUUGCCUGAUGAAUGGAGAUAUUACGUCCCGAGAAGAAGGACUUGCUCUUGCUCAGGAGUAUGGCGUGGACGGAGCGAUGAUUGCUACCGCUGCUGAGGCUAAUUCAUCUGUUUUCCGCACUAGAGAUCAAGGGGGUCGGGCUCCUUGGCAAGAAGUUGUCGCGGAGUAUAUACAACUGGCGAUGAGCGUUGAAAACAAGUGGGGAAAUACCAAAUUUCUCUUAUCACAGCUCAUGCCUGGAAAGAGUCCCGUCUAUCAACCCGUUACAAGGUCACGGAGCUACAGCGAAGUUCUUUCAAUCUUAGACAUCUCCGAUUCCGGCAUUGUUGAAAAAGCAAAAGAGAUCGACCAGAUACUUGGUCUCGAUAUUCCGAAGACCACGAAGGCGGAUAUCAAACGUCAGCACAAGCAACAAAACAAGGAGAAUCAGGAGAGGAAACAAGAAAAGAAGAGGGCUCUUGAGCAGAGACGAGAUCAAAACGAACAUAUUCGUAACGAAAGUGAAGAGCGAAGCAAAAGGCCAAAGGCAGAGAUAGCCACCGAAAACGUAGGUUUUGACGGUGUUGGACAGAGAGCGAUGGCAAUCGCAGCUUGA